CCUCAAGGCACAGCCCCUUCCCGCCCGUCCCACGCACCCGGCCACCCAGCCCCUGGCCAAUGGGCUGCCGGGAAAGAUCGAAUGUCACUAUAACAUGAGAGCGUGCGGCCGAACGGGCAGUGCCUGAGCUGGUCCUGUCCACAGGGAGCUCCUGCCCAUCUCUCCAGACCCAGCCGCAGAAACCACCCACCCACCAUGUCGGACGAGGAAGUUGAACACGUCGUCGAGGCUCCCUCCUCAGAAGAGGCCCAGGAGGAAGCGCCCCCCCCGCCUGCAGAAGUCCAUGAAGUCCACGAGGAAGUCCAUGAAGUUCAUGAACCAGAGGAAGUCCAGGAAGAGGAGAAGCCAAGACUCAAACUCACUGCUCCUAAGAUCCCGGAAGGGGAGAAAGUAGACUUCGAUGACAUCCAGAAGAAGCGCCAGAACAAAGACCUCAUGGAGCUGCAGGCCCUCAUCGACAACCACUUCGAGGCUCGGAAGAAAGAGGAAGAGGAGUUGGUCGCACUCAAGGAGAGGAUCGAGAAGCGCCGUGCGGAGAGAGCCGAGCAGCAGAGGACCCGGGCCGAGAGGGAGAGAGAGCGCCAGAACAGACUGGCGGAGGAGAAAGCCCGGCGGGAGGAGGAGGAGGCCAAGAGGAAGGCCGAGGAAGACUUGAAGAAGAAGAAAGCUCUGUCCUCCAUUGGUGUCAACUACAGCAGCUACCUGACCAAGGCUGACCAGAAGAGAGGCAAGAAGCAGACGGCCCGGGAGAUGAAGAAGAAAGUUCUGGCUGAGCGGCAGAAGCCCCUCAAUAUCGACCACCUCAGCCAGGAGAAGCUCAUGGACAAGGCCAAGGAGCUCUGGGAAACCCUGCACCAGCUGGAGACCAGCAAGUUUGAGUACACGGAGAAGCUGAAGCGCCAGAAAUACGAUAUCGUGAACGUCCGGGCCAGAGUGGAGAUGCUGGCCAAGUUCAAGAAGGCCGGGACCCCGGCCAAGGGCAAAGUCGGCGGGCGAUGGAAGUAAAGCAGCCGAAGAGGUUCCCCGAGGCAGAGACCCUCAGCCUGUGGGGUCCACAUGGAGGCAUCCAGUUCCCAGGCAUCUCCUGUGUCUCUGUCCUCGCUGCCUCCAACCUCUGGGGUCUAUAAAUAAAGCUAGCAGACUCCCCUCCGA